AGGGGACCCGGAGGGGUCAGGGCUGCGAAGAGCAGAGGCGGAGAGGAUGGGAGCCCCUGAUGGAGCGCGGCUGGCUGGGUGGAAGUCAGGCCCCCGGGAUCCGGCCGCCCAGGCUGUCAGUCAGAGGUCCCGGGAGCGCUGCAGCCCUGCUCGGCUCCAAGGGGGCCAGGCUGCGGGCUGGGGAGGGAGGCGGUGGGCGGGGUGUGGAAGGGGCGUCGCCGCGGUCGCCCCCGCCCUCUCCGAUGUCAUUGGGCGGCCGCCGCGGGGUCCGCGCCACCUUUUCUCCGUUGCACCCCGCCCUCCCCAACGCGCUCCUCCGGGGGCUGGUCCGGCCCAGGCCGUUGACGUCACCGCCAAGUUUGCUGCCCUCGGAACCCCACGUGUGGCGGCGACGACGGCCUGGGAGGCAGCGGGGCAGCAGCGAGCGCAGUGGCCGCGGCCGCUGACAGGUCCCGCGCAGCCCGGCUCCAGCUCGUCGCUCCCAGGUGGGGCCCGAGAGCCGCCGAGCGGCCAGGCGCGCACGGAGAGGGCGCUGGCUCCCGCCCGGGCAGAGGAACUCGGGGACCAAGCCCCAGAACCGAGAGGGACCGAGGCGGGCCGGAGACCGAGGAAGCCGCGACUGGGAGGCACUGUGCCCGCCGCGGUCUGGAGCGCACGGAGCUCAUCGGCCCGGGAGCCGAGCAUCCUCUCAACCGGACCGAGCGAGGGAUGCACGGUCGCUGAGCCGGGACCCCUGCCGAGAGGCUGCUCUGGCCCGGGGCUGAGACGCACGCCUUGGCCCCCACCACCAAGACCCUUAUUCCGUCGACUCUCGGGGAACUGGGGCGCCGAGCGCGGCCCCAGCCUCAGGACUUGGGCGAGUCUAAGACGAUGGUUUCUUAAGCACAGCACCGCGUCCCCCUUCCCGCCCCCUCGACCGGUGGCUGGGAUCCCGCGAGGGGCUCGGGGAGCCCCGGCCGCCGCCGCCGCCUGGGCAGCGCGCACGGCCGCAGGGGCGCAGGGCGAUGUGGCCUCCGUGCAGCGCGCAGGCCCUCUCGGAGGAUGUCAUGGCACCUGGCGGAGCCCCAGCCUAGGAUGGCCCGCUCGCUGCCCGACGUCGCCUCCGGCUAGGAUGGCCCCUCCGGACCCGGCCGGCGCCCACCCCACCUUGCCCGAGCCGCUGUCCCGCCGCAUCUUCCGGAAGUUCUUGCUGAUGCUCUGCUCCCUGCUCACGUCCCUGUACGUCUUCUACUGCCUGGCCGAGCGCUGCCAGACCCUUUCUCGGCCCGUCGUGGGGCUGUCGGGAGGCGGCGAGGAGGCUGCUCCGGGUCGCAGCGUCCCGGCUGGAGGCCUGGGAGAGCUGGCGGCGUGGCCUGCGGCCGCGCGGAAAAAACGCCUCCUGCAAGUGCAGCCGUGGCGGAAGCACCGGCCGCCCGCACCGCACGGCGACGGCGAGGAGGCGGCCUGGGAAGAGGAGCCCCCGGGCCUGGCGGGGAGUCCCGGCGGCUCCGGGGCCGGGAGCAGCGUGGCCGAGCCCCCGCCGGGGACCCUAGCCCUGCUCCUGGACGAAGGCAGUAAGCAGCUGCCGCAGGCCAUCAUCAUCGGCGUGAAGAAGGGCGGCACGCGGGCGCUGCUCGAGUUCCUGCGCGUGCACCCCGACGUGCGCGCCGUGGGCGCCGAGCCCCACUUCUUCGACCGCAGCUACGACAAGGGCCUCGCCUGGUACCGGGACCUGAUGCCGCGGACCCUGGACGGGCAGAUCACCAUGGAGAAGACGCCCAGCUACUUCGUGACGCGCGAGGCGCCCGCGCGCAUCUCGGCCAUGUCCAAGGCCACCAAGCUCAUCGUGGUGGUGCGGGACCCGGUGACCAGGGCCGUCUCGGACUACACGCAGACGCUCUCCAAGCGGCCCGACAUCCCCACCUUCGAGAGCCUGACCUUCCGGAACCGGAGCGCCGGCCUCAUCGACACGUCCUGGAGCGCCAUCCAGAUCGGCCUCUACGCCAAGCACCUGGAGCACUGGCUGCGCCACUUCCCGCUCCGCCAGAUGCUCUUCGUCAGCGGCGAGCGCCUCAUCCGCGACCCGGCCGGCGAGCUGGGCCGCGUGCAGGACUUCCUGGGCCUCAAGCGCAUCAUCAGCGACAAGCACUUCUACUUCAACCAGACCAAGGGCUUCCCCUGCCUCAAGAAGGCCGAGGGCAGCGGCCGCCCGCACUGCCUGGGCAAGACCAAGGGCAGGCCGCACCCCGAGAUCGAGCGCGAGGUGCUGCGGCGGCUGCGCGACUUCUACCGGCCCUUCAACCGCAAGUUCUACCAGAUGACCGGCCAGGACUUCGGCUGGGACGGCUGACAGUUUAAUUUAAAAAGAAAGAGAGUAUCAGAAUAUAAUAUAUUUUUUUACCGGUCGGGUAGAGAAAAGGCAGUCUACUAUUUGUGCUGCAGGUAAUGUGUUUCCGUAGUUUUUUCAAUGAAUGUGAAAGAGAUUCUUCUUCUCCCCGCCACCGCCGUCUUCCCGAACCGCCGACGGCCAGCAUUUGGAUCAACGAGAACGGAAACCUUCAGGCGUCUCGAUUCUCUCCAUUUUCCAUUUCUAUUUUAUGUUUUAUAUACAUAAUGAUGAAGUAUGAGCCUAAGUUGCAUUAAAACUUUUAAGAAAAUCCUGCGGGUACAGCUCUCUCGCCUUCUCUCUCUCUUUUUAAACGAAGCCCAGAUAAAAUUGCUAUCUGUCCGUAUGCUUUCUUCCCUUUAUUUUUUUUCCUGUGCCCCCCCCCUUUUAAAACCACUUCCCAAAGAAUAAUACAGUAUGUCUGCACACCGCUUGCCAGUUAACCGCAGUGCUUUCAAAGACAACACCCGUUUACAUCCUUGUCCUAAGAUGUGGUGAUACAAGAACACAGGACAGAGCAAUUAUGAUGCCCACUGUGCAGAUAAGGAAACUGAGUCUCAGGGAGGUGAAAUGAUGUCUCCAGAUGGUGGACCCCUGUUUCCACGCAUUCCCUAUCUAGUACCCCUCUUUCCAGGGAGAACGGGAAAGGCACAGGCAUCUGAAGCUGUAGAAAUGAGUAGCUAGUUUGGGGGCCCCGUGAGACAGCACAGAGAGGUUUCCUGUUGCUUUCUAAGUCCCGGGCUAGCCUUAGGGCGCUCAGACACCUGACACAGUUGCGCUCAAGGAAACCACUCCGUCCUGGACACAAAAUCUUGUUUGUCUUUUUAAAAAACUAUUGCGUGGGUUCCCGGUGUACAGCAAAGUGAAAGGGUCGUACACACACCCGGACACAACAUCCUUUCAGAGCCAGUCCUGGCUCUGAAAACACCCCAGACGGGGAAAUCUUGACUCCCCUGAAGCCGAGAGAAGCUCCUGGGUUCUAGUGUCAAGACGGCCAGUCCACCAGGAGCCGGAUACGGUGUAUAGAACACUUCACCUAUCCUUGUCUUGACUUUUUUUUUUUUUUUUCCUUAAAAACUCACUGCAGUCAGAACUUGACAGGUCUAAAUUUCAUUUUUUUACCUCAUUGUUCACAAAGAAAAUCUGCUCUCUUUGCAAUCUUCUAUCUAACCUUGGAGCGAGUACUAAAAAAAAAAAAAAAAAAAAAAAAAAAUCCAUAAACGUCGCAUUUUACAAGGCCCCGAUUUUUCCUGGGCGGAGAGGAGACGGUCACUUUGUCACUUUACUUUUUUACCCACUUCCUAUUUGUGCCGAGUAUAACCCACUCUUCGUUAGUAUUUGGAAAACACUCUAAGACGUGUCGACGUGGGUUAGACGGCGGCGCUUCCUCUUCUCCCAUCUGUUCCUGCCCGUCCUCCAUUUAAAUAGCGCGAAUAAAUCAAGAGUUUAUGAGGGGUAUUUCUUUGCUCUCUCAGUGGGCAUUAACGAGCUCAGCAUUAAUCGGAAUUAAAUUGGUUUACAGAGGAGCACAUAUGCGCAAACUAUAUAAAACAUUUAUAAUUAGUCUGUCAGCAACAUCUUAUUACAGGGUUAAACCCAAGAGGACAAUAUCUGCGAUCGCAUGGAAGUUUCCCGUAUCUGCCUCUGGUAUUUAUUCUCAGCUAGUGGCCUUUUCCUUCUCCAGUGUCGUCCAUCAAAAGAAACUACAGCUGUUUUAAAACAUGCAGCCCUACUGUGCAAAGAGCAUCAAGUGAGGUGUGUAUUUCUUGAGACGCCAAACACAGGAUUGAAGUGAAGGGAAAAAAUUACUUAAGUUUCUAGAUAGCCUAGCAUUGCUCCAAAUCUCUGGAUGUAUUUAUUAGUCCUCAUUUAUGGGGGUCAAAGAACCCCACAUCCAGGUCCCCUCUCCAGCCGCCAUUCUUCACGUCUGUGUCUUCAGUUUCCCAAUGCUCCAGCCUGUUUUUUGUUCACUUGCAUUGUCCCUACCAGCAACAAGAAACUCAUUGGAAACUCUUUCCAUCUUUUCUCUUAACUCUUGUUUGUGCUUGGCCGGUGUGUGAAGGUGGCACAAGGACACAAACGCACCUAACACCUGUGUUCAGCAACCUUCAUCUUUUUGUGCUCAGAAACAAUAAAAGAACAGAAUUGCGUGUA